UGGUCUCGAGCGAAGCCUGUCUCUUUAAGAGCCAGUCCUUGGGCAGGUUGGCUUGUUGAGUGGGGAGGUGGAACCGUGUCUGCUUCUACAAACAAGCAUUUCUAUCAACAAAACGUGCCUCACUAGCAGACUGAUCUUGAGGGUGUGCAUAUAUACGAGACUGGAUAGUGAAGUCGUGCUCGAUUUUAUUUUACAUUGCUUCCUAAUGGUGUGUGUGUGUGUGAUAUGUGAGUCCUGUUUCAUCAGCACCUGAGGUUUGCAACACUCUGCUGGAGGGGCGGCCAACAGCUCAGGUGUGUUUUUUCAAUUGUCAACACCAUGAAACUCACUGUAGUUCUGCUGCUCUGUGGCUGUGGGGUGCUAUUUAAACACAACUGUGAAGCCCAAGCAGAAACAUCUCCAACACCCUCGGUCAGUAACUGCACGUGUGAACUGGGUCAUGGAAAAUGUGCCGAAAACGGUGAUUGCAGGUGUGAUCCGGGAUGGGGUGGACCGCGUUGUGAUGACUGCGUGCGAAUGCCUGGAUGUGUCCAUGGCUCCUGCCAUCAGCCCUGGCAGUGCACCUGCGUGGACGGGUGGGCGGGCCGAUUCUGUGACAAAGAUAUUUUGGUGUGCUCCCGAGAGCAGCCGUGUCAGAAUGGGGCUACUUGUGUCUUGAAUGGCUCUGGGGAUUACAGCUGCUUAUGUCCCGAAGGCUUUCAUGGACGGGACUGUGAACUGAAAACAGGGCCUUGCCAAAAGACUAAGUCCCCCUGCAAGAACGGCGGCCUCUGUGAGGAUCUGGGUGGUUACGCUCCAGAACUGUCUUGUCGAUGCCUGGCUGGCUUCACAGGGCCCCGCUGCGAGACCAACAUGGACGACUGCCUGAUGCGCCCCUGUGCCAACGGCGCCACCUGUUUGGAUGGCGUGAACCGUUUUUCCUGCCUGUGCCCUGCGGGUUUCACCGGCCGUUUCUGCACCAUCAACCUGGACGACUGCGCCAGCCAGCCCUGCCUCAACGGAGGACGCUGUAUAGACCGAGUCUCCACCUUCCAGUGCUUCUGCUCUCCAGGGUUCACUGGAAGAACUUGUGAGACCCCCGUCUGGGAGUCAGGACCUCAAGCCGUGUCUCCGUUCAGGGGCGAAGGAGACCGAGUUACUCAAGUCUAUCGCUCCCACUGGACCACUCCACACUCGUUCAAAAUCUCAGUGGUGACUCAGCAUGGGGCUGAAGGGCUGUCAGAGCUGCAGCUCAUCAUCCUGCUGGUGUUGGGGGGCUUGACUUUAGCCGUGGUGGCGCUAACGGCUGGUCUGGUGCUGCGCGGACAUUGCCAGGAUCGAUCGGCUCGCUGUCGGUGCAGGCCGGCUCCCGCUCACCAUCGCCCCUUCCACCGAUGCCGGACGAACUCUGUGCCUGCACAACAGGAAUGCAAGAUCAGCUUCCUCCAGCCUUCGACUCCAGCUGAGCUCGAGAAGAAGAGGCUGAACACCCACAUCAUUUAGCCCCAGAGAUCACGCAGAUGCUCUUGUUGAAGUAAAAGGCCACUUCUGACCUCUCAAAACAUAAGACAGUACUCAUGAAUCUGAGAGUUGGUCGCUGAAAACAGGUGGUCAUUAUUCAGAGUGAUUAUUUUAAUCAGAGAUGCCACAAGUGAGGCAUGUACUGCUGAGGGAACAUUAGGCCAGUUAGAGUCGACAUGAAAUCAAUAGUGUUCAUAUACCUGGUCUUGGAAUAUGAUUCCAAAGAUAAGAAAGACUUGUGUAAUAUUUCAUCAAAAAUGGAAAAACUUGCUCUGCCACUGAAAAACAUUUUGGCUGAUCUCACCAAGCAAUAUUUUUCACAAAAACCCCUGAAACGCAGAGAUUCUAUUUCCUUUCCCCACUUUUUUACGUUUUAUUCGAAAAAGGCAACACUUGUUAGCAUGCUAGCUAAAAGUUAUCAUGUAAAACACCAUCCUCAGCCACCAGAUGGCGAGAAAAUGUUUACACAGAAAAAAAAUAUCUACUUUAAAUAAGGUUAUUUAACAUAAACAAUGAACAAUUAUUUUAAAGCAUUUAUUAAUCUUACUGUUAAUUUCAACAUUAAAGUGAAUGAAUUCAAAAGUAUCUGAUAACAUGAUCUAAUAGGCCUAAGCUGACCUUAACUAACAAUAAACUGUUGUAUUUUUAUAAACAUUAACAAAGAUUAAUCAGUAUUGUAAGAAAUGUAUCGCUCAUUAACUAAUGCUGACUUUCUGUAAAGUAAAAAAAAAAAAAAAAAGUACAGUUAAAAAAUUUAAUUUUAGAGGAAAUAGAGUUUUUUCACCUUGGUUUUAAGGGCUUUCUUAAUUUUCAUAUAGAGAGCACUUUUUUAUAUCCAGUCAGUUAUGACACCUCACCUCUUCCUUGUUUUAAUAUACUGUAUAUCCUGUAAAUACAGUAUUGUCACAUUCUGAAGGUAAGGUGGGAUGCAGACGCUGUUGAUGUUGAGGUGCACACAGUCUGGGAACUACUGUAUUUGUUGAUAUGAUGUCUGUACUCAAAGAGUAAACCGUAGCACUGAUCCGCUGCAUGUAACAUAAAGGGAAGCACUAAACCCCACAAAUACAUCAAAACUUCAGUCGUGUUUUACAUUAGUACUGUAUGUGUAUAAUCAAGCCUCGUUGCUAAAGUGCUUUUCAUUUCAGGUGUUUGUGUAAGUGUUCAAAAUGUAAAAUAUUUCAUUGUUAGUGAGUAUAAGCCAUGUAUGUUUGAUUCCUUGAAUAUUUGUUUUAUAAACGUUUUUUAAAUGAUAAUGUAACAUUACAUUGUAGAGAUGCUCUUUUAAGCAGGUUAGUAAUAUAAAUUCUUAGCAGCAGUAUUCUCAAGUGUAAAUAUUAUUUAUGUAAUUUAUUGGUGAAAUGUACAUUUGUUUUGUAUUGUUGUGUAUUUUUAUACAGAUCUGUAUGUAUUAAAGUUUCGAACUGUGUAACCGUAGAACUACUGUGUGCAUAAAUCACUCAUAAUCAUAAACUACAAAAAUGUAUUUGUAUAACAGUUGCCAUGACUAAAUUAACUUAAUAUUAUAACUGUACAGUUCUCCGGGUCGUGCUACAUGUGUCUCUUUAUUUUUAUAAAGUGCAUGUAAAAUAUCAUUUAGAUAUACUAUAAUUUAUAUUGUUAUUAGCUCCAUACAAUGUUUAUUUAUUUUUUAUUUAUAAAAAUCAUAU